CGAGGAGCGGGCGAUGGCGGAACGGCUGCCGCCGGGCCUCCCGGUGAUUUUUUGCCAGGACUCGCCGAAGCGUAUCCUGGUUUCCGUUAUCAAAACCACUCCGAUCAAGCCCCGCGAGGAGCCUACGGCCGCCCUGCCCGUCCCCACCAGCCCCGGCUUCAGCGACUUCAUGGUCUAUCCCUGGCGCUGGGGCGAGAACGCCCACAACGUGACCCUCAGCCCCGGCGGCCCCGCCGCCCUCUCGGCCCUCCCGCCGCCCCGCGCCGGAGCGGGCAGAGCCCCCGCCAGGGACGAGGAGGAGGCGGGGAGCCCGGGCGGCGGUGACGGCCAUCGGCACCUGAAGGACAGGUUGCGGCGCGGCCGGCCGAGAGCGGACACGGUGCCGGAGCUGAUCAACGAAGGGGUGCACUCCUCCAGCAGCAUCCGCUGCAAUGUCUGCUACAGGGUCUUCCCGCGGGAGAAAUCGCUGCAGGCCCACAAACGGACUCACACCGGUGAAAGGCCGUAUUUGUGUGACUAUCCAGACUGUGGGAAAGCCUUUGUUCAGAGUGGGCAGCUCAAAACUCACCAGCGUCUUCACACCGGGGAGAAACCUUUCGUCUGCUCAGAGAAUGGCUGUUUAAGCAGAUUCACACACGCAAACCGUCAUUGCCCCAAACAUCCAUAUGCCCGACUGAAGAGGGAAGAGCUCACAGACAUGCUGAGCAAGAAGCAGACGGCUGACAAUAAAGCUGUGGCUGAGUGGCUAACAAAAUACUGGCAGACGAGAGAACAGCGCGCUCCCUCGCUGAAAACUAAAACCACCCAGAAAACGGAUCAGGAACAGCAGGACCCGAUGGAGUACCUGCAGUCUGACGAGGAGGAUGGUGAAGAGAAGAGCAGUGCUCGCUCGGCGGCUCGGCGCAGCCGCCUGCAGGAGCAGCGCGAGCGCAUGCACGGCGCCCUGGCGCUCAUCGAGCUCGCCAACCUGGACGUGGCACCGCUUCGGCAGUAGAGCGGAGGAGAGUCUGCUAAAUGUACUUCCUUGGGGGUAUUUUAACCAGUUAGAUCCUGGGCAUAAGCUAAGCACCUUAUUUUGCUUAUCAUAGGCUGCUAUUCUGUAGAAUUUAUGAAGAAUGUUGUUGCCCCGUAACGUGGGGUAAGAGAAUUGCACUUUUCGUAAGGUAAAAGACAGAUGUAAAGUUUCUAAAUAUUUUGUAAAUAUGAGGCUGCAUAAUGCAGGGUGGACAAAUUUACGUCUCGCGGGAAGCUAGAUUUUGCAAGGUUAACUCAUUUAUUUGAAGCAGUUUUCACCGGAAAGCACUUUCUGAACAAAGUGUUCAUGAUUAGCAGAAUGGUACACGUGGCCAAAGAAGGGCUGACAAAAAGAAAAGUAUUUAUCUGACUAUUAAAGCAAAUUUAUAUUAAGUGGUAGGUCUGAAGAUAUUGGUAAGCAGCAAUGAAACCGUUUGUGUUUUUUGUUUUUUUUCUUAUGUCAAUAUAUCUUUACCUAGUAUCACUGAGGUGGAAGGCAAAGCUUAGUUACCGCAGCUUAUAGAUGAAAUUGGGGAUGAAACUGCUUCAUGCAGGAAACUGUAAUAUCAUUCGGGAUCUUCACUGUGACUGCUCGAGGUAUGAGGCUUGACUUCGCUGUUCUGUUUUCUGAUUUGAUUUCAGCAGAAUCUCUUGGUAGCACUUGUUAUUCCUAGCAUGUGAUGUUGGGAACUUUUGCACAUUGUUGGUUUUAUCUGAAAAUGAUUAGUCUUGCAAAGUCUAGACAAAGGUAAACAAUUGGUGAUAUUUUUUUUUCAGAUAUUUUUAGACCCUGUAGUGAUUUGGCACUUGAUUUUGUUAAUAAAGGGGGUAUUUACAGGGUGGUAUGAAUUUGUAGUGAAUUAUUUUAGAUCUUCUAUUAGCAAACACUAAGUUUUAAAGUAUUGCUUUUAUAUGAUUAUUAGCAAAUAGAAGCCUCUGUACUUUCUGUGCAUAAAGCCACCUUAUUGCUUUACUUCAGGAUAACAUGCCAAUUUUGUGUUCACUAACUGUAGCACAGCUAUCACUUAAACACUGCAGAAAAGUAUUCACUAUACAACUAGAAAAUAGGCUUCCAAAGAUAGUUACAAGUGUGUUAACAUUGUGAUUUUAUAUAUUUCCCAAAUAAAUGAAGUUACAGAAUGCUGCCUAGUACUCAGAUGCUGAUAUAAAAUGUUUAGCAGGAAAUUUUGUCACUUUGUGAAUGUUGUAUACUUUCAAUAGCAAUGUCUCAUGGUGAUCUUUUUCUGUGUUUUGCUUUGAAGGCAACCAGAGAUUCCUAAUAUGCUAACAAAACUUUAUUUUCAGAUUGGACUUCUUGUUGUGUGGUUUGUUGUUUGUUUGGUUUGGUUUUUGGUUUGUGUGGGGUUUUUUUUGGUUUUUUUUUUUUUACAUUAAGCUACUGCUUUAGGGGAUAUUAAUAAUUUGUAUUUACUGAACUGCUCGCUUUAACUCCUUCCUCUCAUUGAAGGUCAGGAAAUCCAGAUGAGAAGGGAAGCCACUUUCCCUCUCACUUAAGCAAGAGGAAGAAAUAAUUUUAUCAGUCACUUGAUAUAGACUGACCAGAUGUAUACAGCUGUUCAGUCUAGUCGUAGCAUGAUUUUACACCAGAAACUGCAACUGCUAGAUUCUGUUCUCUGAUAAUUGAUAACAUGUUGUUGAAAAUCUCAUUAACUCAGUUUAAGUCAUGUAUUGCUGCACUUAACUAAAGAGCAAUUGAAUAAUUUAAAAAAAAAUCACUUUAAUUGAAUGUAAAUAGUUUUGCACCAGUGAUACGGUUUAACUUUUGCCUUCAGCUCCUAAACUUAGCUGACAUCAAGCUAAUUCGUUUCUGUUUUAAGUCUUUUAGGCUUGAAAAUAAGAAACAUUGUAAUUGUCCUAGGCUUCUUGACCUAUGUAAAAUGCCUAAUUCCUGUGCAUAGGUUUGGAGUUUGUCAAGUAAGUUACAUGCAACUUCAGUUGGCUGCAUGCAAAUGGUCUGAUCCCCAAGUGGACUCUGAGCAUAAAUCUGUUGAACUUCUGAGUCAUAACUCAGGAUUGCUCCUGAGUAGUAUUUCACAGUGUAAUUACCAGCCAGCUGCAGACUGGAGUUGUAAAUUACAUCAUUACGAUUGAUUUUGUUUCUUUCCCUCCCCCCCCCCCCCCCCCCCCCCCCCCCCCCCCGGGUCAUCUGUAAUGCGUUGGGCAAGUGGCAGAAUAUUUCUUUGAGUGUGACAGGUACACUGAGUUGUACUUGGCUGUAGAGGAAACUCAGACAGCUGAAGCAGUUUUAUGUCAUGACAAGUUUUGGAUAAAAUACCAAGUGAAAAAAAAAAGAGAUAUGGAAAACUGCUUUUUGUUUUAUGAGGCAGUGAUUACGUACAUACAAGAGAUCUUGAAGUGGUCGGUGCUUCAAAAGAUUUAAGUUGUAGCUCGGCGAGACUUAACAGCAGAUGAGUGGAUGUGCUGUCAUUUUAAUAGACGCUUUGAAUAAAAAACUGGGUUUAAUUUUCA